UGAGUGGCUCUCGAGCCCUGUAGCCUCAGUGAGUCCCGCCGCCCACUAACCGCCUUGAGCCGCCCAAAUCCACAAUCCACUCUGAUCUGUCAAUAUUAUCGCCGUCUCCUUCUGGCCGUCCUGGAUUAUCUCUCAGGCCAGGCGCGCAGCAUCUUGCAUUGGAUUCUUCCAGCGUUAAGAAGCUGACCGCCAUCCCUCGGACGGCCUCGCCAUGCCAUGCCAUGCCAGACAUAAUCGUGCCUGUGCUUGUUCCUGUGCCUGUGCCUCCGGUGACGGCGCUGCAGCAACUGAUCUGUGAUCUGGCGGUUGACGCUGACAUCCAAUGCGCCAGCGCUCACUUUGUUUCUCAGUGCCAUCCCGAGCUGCUGCAGCAACCCCCAAGGAUCAGGGCAAAGGGGGGGCCCCGGCUAGUCCAAUUGGCUCAUCGUCUUGGAUCGCGGCCUCUUUGUGCUGUACUGCUGCGCCGUUCAUCUCCGCCAAAUGCUGUGCUCGCCUCGCCUCGCCAUCGUUUGGCAGUAGUGGACGCUGCUAUACGAUGCACGGAUGCGUCCUCGACGAGCCGACUGGCGCGCUCUGGCUGCAAGUCAACCUGCAAUUAUACUGUAGCGCUCGUCUCUAUUCUGGGCUCUUGCUGUGCUACCGGGCUCCAUUGUCGUGGCGUCUCGAGCCAAGUUCAAUGUCCAAGUCGACGUCCACGUCCGAGGCUCCAUGGCGGGACGCAAUGCUCCGCACCGGCGAUGAUCUGCCUCCAUAUCUGAUGGCUGGCGGCCCAGAUACGGGGUAGCCUGGCGUGAUGGGGCGGUCAUCUUUCAUCUUUGAUGUUGAGGCCCUCUGGUUAUGCCAGCUCGAGCGUCCCGGAAGCGCAGGCUCUUCUCCCCAAACCCUAGCCGUAACGCAAGUCGACCAUUUCGGCAGUCUUGUGUUUCCUCGAUGGGGGGGCCUCUUACUACAUGAGUACUCCGUAUGGAGUUGCGUUGCUCAGAGAGAGUCCAAGAAGGACAACGACUGCUAACGAUGCGACUUUAGCCAUCGCGGCAUAAGUGGCGACCAAC